GUUUCAUCGAGCAUGUCAAACCUGCACCAUUAUUAGCAUUUGUUUUUCUUCGAACACUGCGGACAGGAAAACUUUCGGUUUGUAGAAGCCAGCCAACUUCACGUGAGUCAUCAUGGAUGCUGAAAAGUCAAGCAGCAGUUCCUUCGAAGACCUUUCGAACCUAAACGAACAGGAACGGGCAGAGUUGGCUUCAUCGGUGGUGUCCGAACCCGUCCAGACUAAAGAACCCACUACGGGGCUUGCGACAACCGACCCAGAACAAAAGUCUGAAAGUGAAGCAAACCCGCCAGCAGCGGAGGAAAGCGAACCCGAAUCGGAAUGUAUGGACAUACUGGGGAAUGGAACGUUGCUGAAGAAGGUAAUUCAAAAAGGACGCUCGGAGCUAAGGCCCGAAAGUAAAGACCUGGUGACGAUCAGCUACACCGGGCGGCUCGACGAUGGAACGGUGGUGGAGGAGCAAACUAAUCUUGUGGUGCAAAUCGACGACGUAGAGGUGGUGCAAGGGUUAGAUAUGGCGCUGAAGCUUAUGAACGAGGGUGAAGUUGCGGAAGUGGUUGUAAAUCCUCGCUUCGCGUACGGUGAGCUCGGAUUGAAAGAUCCCACCGAGCUAGACCCGGUGAUACGGACAGUUCCGUCAAAUGCGACCAUUACCUACACGGUAACGCUCAUUUCAAUGCAGGAGGAAAGCGAUGUUGAAGUGCGAACGUACACAUCCCGCAAGGAAAUUGGCAACAAGAAGCGAUUACGCGGUAACUUCUGGAUGAAGCGACAGGAGUACAACUUGGCAAUACAUAGCUAUCGACGAGCGUUAGAGUAUCUGGACGAUACGGUCAGUGCGGGAGGUAUGAUGGAAUCCGGUGCCGGCUCGGUUGAGUUGUCCACUACGGAGCUGCAGGAUUUGCUGGAAGAUCGUAUGAAAGUGUACAAUAACCUCGCGUUGGCUCAGCUUAAAAUCUCGGCCCACGAAGCUGCCCUCAAGUCGGUGGAUCAUGUGCUAAAAUGUCAGCCAAACAAUGCGAAGGCUUUGUAUCGCAAGGGCAAGAUUUUAGACGCAAAAGGAGACACGGCCGGUGCUAUAACGCUGCUGCAAAAAGCAGCUACGAUCGACGUUGAGGAUAAACUAAUACAGUCGGAAUUAUCCAAAUUGAUCCUAAAAUCGAAGCGUGAAGCUCGCAAUGAACGGGAUCUGUACCAGAAGAUGCUGGGCCAGGCACAGAAGCUGGAACAAAAGACAAAAGCUGCACCGACCGCGCAAAACAAUGAAUCGUCCAAGUUUAUGAUGUGGGGUUACCUCGUGGGCACCAUCCUGAUCGGUGUGGUCGGUGUCGCAAUCUUCCGGUAUAAUAAUCCGUAAGGCGUAAGUUCGCGGACGUGCCCCGACGCCUACAGCUACCAUUUUAUCCAGAAGCUACAGAUGCAUUAGAGU